AUGAGCGCUUCCAAGUCAGACGUGUCAGGGCCAAGCAGGCGCUUCAAGGGCAAAUCCGUCGUCAUGCAGAGACCGGAGGGCAGAUUGUACCUCCUAGAUCUACCUUUGGAAACACAGAAGCAGAUUAUUGCACAGGUCAGCCGCAAAGACCUUUUCUCAUUUCAACGAGUGUCUCCGCAUUUCCUCUCCCUCGCCAGCGCUGAGAUAUAUCGAGACCUGGACCUGAAGAUCACCAACUCUGGGGAUGAGGAGAAUGGAGUGCCCAGCUCGCACGCGGCGGAUGCUCUUCAAACUGUUUGCGCAAGCGAACACGAUUAUGGGCAACACAUCAAGAGCUUUCGGCUUGGGGUGAAUGAAGACAGUAUCGAAUACGCGCCUAGGAGCCUUGGUCACGUCGGACAAGACCCAUUUCUGAUGACACGGCUGCUAUGGGACUCAAAGUCCGACUCUAGCAAGUUUCUCAAUACCGCAUUGCUCCUGGUGGCUCGGAGGCUCCGCAUCCUCGAAACAUUUCAAUGGGAUGCGCCUAUUGAGAUAAGCGGAGCAGUAUACCAAGCUCUUCACAAGAUUCAAAGCCUACGCUGCCUUCGAAUCAGGCUUGAUAUAUCGCCGUCGCCGAAGCUGAUCAUUCGCCCUAGUCCGUCUCCACCGAACCCUUCACUUGCGAUGCAACAAGCUAUGCAAGCACAGAUGCAGAACCAGCCACCUCUGGCCAUUCCAACACAAUUCGUCCCGCCUCCGCCGGGCCCAGCAAGCGCUCCGAAUCCUUAUCCAAACCAUACGGCAGCCAAAAUCAACAACAUCAAACGGAAAAAGGCUGGAAGUGGUGGAGGACUCAAUUAUUGGGCAAAUGGCAGGGCAUUCUCUGGCUUCAAGUCUCUCCAUACCUUGACAAUCGUCGGCAUGUCCAACCACGACUGCUUAUCUGAGAUAGCAGAGUGCAUCAAAGCCUCGUCCGCUUCCCUCAAGUGCCUGACCUUGUCCCUUUCCACGGAGCUAGCACGGAAAUCCCGGAAACCUAUGCCGAUAAAUAAUCCUGAAUUGGAUGAUCCAUCCGACACGGAAAUGGAUGACGAAGACGAGUUGAGUCAACCACCGCAGCCUCCUACGGGUUCUUCCCAAGCUGCUACCACCACAAAUGAGGCCGACAUCCGGAGGGAAAAGCUUGCACAAGAAAGCAUACUAGCCAAAGUGUUCGAUCUCCAGAGUGUAUCUGCCGAAGGGAAGAAGCUAGAGAAGACUCUGUCGCUAUCCGGAGGACAGUUCCGAGAGGAAGAAGACAGCCAGGAGAGCAUCAGAAUGGUCAAUCAGCUAAUGAAAUCGUUGAUGGACUCUCCACUAGCAGCAGGCUCCGACGCCACUUCCCUCGAGAUUCGCUUGCAGCAUCUGAAGAUGAUAAAAGAUGUUGCCGAAAGAUACAUCUCAAAUCAAGAGACACAGAAACUGAAGAAACUUCUGACCGAACAAAACAAGCCGCCUACGCCAACUGCAAAGAAAGCAGCGUCUAAGCCUCUGAAUCCUCUCGCGUCGGGUUUCAAGCCGUCGUCGACCACCAAGGGUCCCAAUGUCAUCGAUCACGAUUUUGAAACCCUUUCAAGUCCAACGAGCCCAUACUUCGCUUCUGGGCCUGGAGACUCCUUGUCCAACGGGACGCCGAAGCCUUUUCCCCCUAGCGGCCCCUUCUCUUCUUUGGAUCAAUCUACUCUGCUCUCUUAUCUUCCUGGGGGCAGCAGUUCCAAGCCUGUUAGCUCUCAACCAUACACGUCACCGUACGUCGCGGGAUCUUACGCAGCGUCUGCCAACCAGCUUAUUAAUUUCCCAUAUGAGCACAGCAACCACAGCACCACGGGUUUCCAUUCUCCUCCGGGGUACUCCUCACCCCUUCAGGCACCCAGCAGUGGGGCAUGGGGCAUCACUGCCUCCAACAAAGACGCGCCUCCGAGCACACACAAGUAUGUAUCAAAUAUCGGGCAAAACCAAAAGACAAAGCACAAGCCACCGAAAAAGCCGACUCCCGCCAAAAAAGGCUAUCCUUUCAGCUCCGAAGAUGAAUCCGAGGGUACGAAAACCCCACCGUCGGCACCGCAGCCCUUCUUCGCGGCCAGCGUAGAUACAGAAGCUCUGGAAGGGUCUAUGGAUGUCGAUAUGGAACAUCCUGACGACGAUACCACGGAUCUGGGGGAAGAUCAGGAGAUCAUUGCUGGUUCAGAAGGUGCUGAAGAGACCGGAACUCCAAGAAAGCGAGCUAAAGUCGGCUUGGCGGAAAUAGGAAGCUCUUCUAAUACAACCAGCCUAGAACCGAAUCCGUCAGCAGAAGACAAUUCGACACCAGCGAUGUCCUCGGACGAGGCAAUGCAAGCAUACAUACGUGCAACACAUGGUUUACAGCUCGAGGAACUCUCACUUGAAUGGGUUCCAUUGAAAGCUUCCAUUGUAGCAAGAGCUCUAGACCUGAGUGUUCUAAAGCGUCUGACGCUUCUCGAGGUUGGCCCCCAGGACGCUUUCUGGACUCUUCUCGUACGGCUGCAAAGCGCUACUCAGGUUAUUGCUUUCAAGAGCAUCCAUACGGACAACGUAUCGCUUCCAUUCGUGAAGUUUCUCGCAACUUUUGAAGGUCUGGAAGAGCUUUUCAUGCUCGAACGGAACAAGAAGCAGGCGGCCGAGCCUGAGUCUGAGUCAACAGUUACGAUUUCGACCAUACGCAAGGGUGCCCUUCGAAAGCAUAUGCCAACGUUGCAGCGGCUAUCGCUCCGAAACGAGCGUAAUGAGCAGUGGGACGUGGACCCAAAAACGCUACGAGGUCUGGCACUCAAAGGGACGAAACUUAGGGAGUUGGCUUUCAGCCUCAGUCUGAAGACUUAUCACAUUCUCAUGCAGCUCCUUCCACAUUUGAAAAGCCUCUACGCCCUACACAUCAUUACACUACGCUCCACCGACCGCAGCGUUCAGCUACCAACCGAAAGCAUCAGUUUUGCAGUCGAUAACCUCUCGCACUGCCCCAACAUGAAGCUUCGAUACAUCGCCAUGAUGAAUCAAGUCACGGCGCUGGAGGCAAAGCCUGAACAAUUUCGGCGACAUUUGAAGGCUGUCAUGGACAAACGCAAAGAUAGGAAGGGCAAAGGGAAAGCUCCGGCGGAUGUCACUCUAGGCCUCUUCGUUCCUGCAACGGAUGACUCGGGUUCCGAUGAUGUGGACGAUAUCCUAGCCGACAUGGGAGCUGGGGAGACGAAGCUUAAAUUCUCGACGAGAUUCGCGGAUGUGAAGGACGUGAAGAUCUUCUCAAAGGAGGUUAGGGGCGGGAAGUUGUAA